CUUGCUGAAGGACUUGAAAAAAUUCAAUCUAAAGGCUUGCCUCAUUUAAACUUCCACGGGGGGAAUAUUCUUUUUGAAUAUGAAGAUGAAGAUGAAGAUGAAGUUAUUGCUAAAAUUGAUGCUAAUUUUCAUGGAAAAAUUUAUCCUUCUAACAAUAUUACUGGAGUCUUACCCUUUAUGGACCCACAAGUAUUACUUGGAAAUAAACCUUUAGCGAAGGCAUCUAAUUCUUACAGUUUGGGAAUAGUUAUGUGGGCCCUCGCAACCAGCUCCAGACCACAUUACAAUAGAGCACAUGAUUCACAACUCGCCUAUGAAAUUUGUUGCAAGAACUUACGUCCAGAGGUUAACGAAGAGCUUAAAUUGGAGAUGCCAAAGAAAUAUUAUGACUUAAUGACUUGGUGCUGGAGCUCUCAACAAGAAAGCCGGCCAACUGCAAGCCAAUUACGUGAAAUUUUGGAAGAAUGG